AUCUCUAAGACUGCCAAUGCGUUCUCGACUGUCGACGUUGAUACUCUAUAUAAUCUCAGACGUUCACUCUGCCCAAGAUUUUAAACUGGAGCAGGCGUCUUUGCCGUUGUUAAUCUCAUUCCCAUCGACAUGCUGACGGUGUUCUUCGAUAUUUCCACGUCUACAGUUCCAUGUUAACGAGUCAAUAUUGAAAUUGACACUUCAGGAUAUCUAAAGGGAAUCGGAUAUCUCUACUUGCCUGAGAAAAUUCAGGGAAAACAGAAUGCGUCUAUCGACUAUAUUCGCAUGCGUCUUGGUGACCUGCGGUCCUCUUCUAGCAGCAGGACAGAAAAAGAUGAUAUUUGUUAUUCCACGUGCAGUUCGUCGUGCCCAGAGUACCCCAUGGCGCCAAUUUACGCGUCCCCCACUGGCAAAGGCCCCGAAAUUCCUGGACAACGAAUUGUCAUCCCACGUUGGUCAUCCCUACCCACAUCACAAAUUCCCCACGAAGGGUCAGCCCAUCUUCUUCAAUCAAAACCACCCCUACAGUGACAACUUCAACCAAUCCCCCGACAAGGUAAAUCACGUAGUGAUUCCCGGUGGUAAAGGGAUCAGUCAAGCAUUUAGUAAUGUCUAUGCCCAUGAACCGAUCAAAGACGAGGGCUUCCCGGACUCCAAUGGUUCCCUCGAGCACCCCGAGCACAGUCUCCCAAAUUAUUAUUCCCACCAAGUGACUCAGCAGACAGACAACUAUCUCCAGCACGAUGAGGAAACUCAUCAGCAUGAUAAUCAGGAGCGAACUGAUCACCAGAGAGCAAAAUAUCUUCCGUCAAAGAAUCCUGAGAAACCUUUCAACAAAGUUAUAUAUGGAAUUCCCAAGAAGCCAUAUUUUUCCCCCGGAAGUUUUUACAACAAAGAUAAAUCAAUUCUGACAGGAGGGGGAAGCACAGGAGACAACAACAAGGGUGGAAUUGUUCUGCAAGAUGGUAUUGAUCUCAGUCAUUAUCAUAAGAAGUUGAUAGAGUUGGCUAGAGGCUGGCCUGGAGGUUUGCACUCUUCACCUGCAUCUGCUUUAUCGACCGUCGUUGAGCAUGGGAAUAUACCUGGUGUUGAAGGUGCGUCGCAACAGCUCUCGGGCCAAUUCCUCCCGAAUACCUUUGGCGUCGCUUUCUUAUCUGCAAGUCCACAGGGCCCGCAGCAGGGCUAUGCCGUCGAAGAGGAUGUCCAGGAGGAACUGGGACAUGACUUCAGGACUCAACCAAUUCAGACUGUGCCCUCUGCUAAUCCACAGGAUAUCCUGCAGGCGGGUGUACCACAGAUUCAGUACACCGUUUCACAAGAUCCCUUUAUGCCAUCUCUUCAGUUCCCAGGACCGCCAGGAUUCCAGGGAGGUCCUAUACAUGCACAAGGGUAGAGAGAUGGUUUUUUUCUUUUCAUUGACGUUAUCGAAAAUUUCAUCUAGAAACUUGAGGAUUUCGCUGGAAAAUCUUUUUUGAUUUCUAAUGCAAUUUUCAUACAAUUUUAUUUAUCAUUAUUGAAAUAUUUGAUAUAUCAAUAGCAGGGUCUAAGGACUUGAAGAAUAACUCUCAAUUUAAAGUGUACAGAAUUUUUCAGCGAAUUGGCUAGGUUUAUAAAUAGAAUUUUUUACACUUGUCAUCGUUUUACCAAAGCUCUCUGUGUAAUCCUGAGUUGUCUACCAUCUAGCCAUUCUAAACUUCAAUGUUCUCGGUAGUUUGUAGAUAGUAUUCUAGAGAAUUUGCUCAUUUUAGAUUAGAAAACAUGUGAUAACUCUUAGAUGUACACACGACAAGUUUUUCAGUAGCUAUUUUCUUGUAUUUAAUUAUUUUUUUGUAAAAAAAAAAACAAAUGUACUAAUCAUCAUCAAUGAUA